GAAGCAAAGAAUUGUGGGUUAUGAGUGCCCACGAAGGAUACACCUCAUGCACCCUCUGAAUUCCCCUCCGACUUCCCACUGGAAGUGUCCUACUCGCUUUUCUGAAACAAGAGAGCCUCGAUGACGUAUGCAGCCAACAAAUGCGACUUCCAGAGUACGCAGACUUCCAAAUGAGACACAGCCAUCUAUUUUUUUAAGAGAUCAAAGAUUUCGCAUAGGCGUUCUGUUUUGGGAUGCGUUCCAUUCAGAAGUAAUAAUCCCUAAGCCCUAUUCCAUUCGAAGACUUUACCACAGACCGGGAGAGCUUUGAAGUGCUGAAGAGAGUGGUGUUCGAAAAAUAAAGGUCAUCUGGGACUCAAAUUCUCUUUGGAAUGAGUUUACAGCUAGGCGAUAAUGAUUGCCCUCUUUCGAAGUGCCCUCUGAAGGCAUCAUUUUUGCCGUUUCAAACAAAGCCUUCGCUUAUGUGUGACGUCACCAAGAAAACUAACGUUCGAUGAGCUGAAUUUCACCGCUGAGGUCAGUUUGGUUGUGAGUGACCUACAUAAUGGAAGGAGAUUCAUCUUUGAUAACAUUUAGUGAUGAAUAUCGACUACUUGAAGUAUACCACCAAAAGAGGAGCUUCAGACAGGGGCCAUGUCUCUACAUGUGUAGAACUGGGUCAAAACCAGGUGGUGAAAAAUAUAGUGAUGUGGCUGAAAAACUGACCCAGAUUGUAGACAGCGGGCUUCUUGUCAGAGAUGGAGUGGAAGCAGAUGGCGAGGAGUCCAAUGACGAUGUUAUACAAAGGCUUGUUGACUUACUGAAGGAAUCAGGAGAUGAGCUAAACCAGAAGAUUCAGAAGAGCUAUGAGCUUUUAGGAUAUCUGCAGAGUAGUUUCUCUUAUAGCUUGUUUGACAGACUGACCUCAGCCUUCAUUGGGAGUGUGGUGCCAGAGCAUGAGCGGAGCAGAAUGAAUCGUGAGCAGAUUGCCCUGACCUUUGAGGUCACCAGCAGACUCAAUGCUCUAGACCUACACCCCAUGAACAGGAUCAUGGGAUUUGGGGCUCAAUACCUGCAACAGCACUUCACUCCCUGGAUUCAUCAGCAUGGUGGUUGGGAGAAAGCCUUUGUCGUUGAUGAUGAAGAUGAAAUCCAUUGACAAGACUGCGUAAGCAUGGCAUUCUUUCAGAAGUAUUACUGUAAACCCUCAUGGAUGGUUAUGUGAAGUACAAUUAAUGAAAUGUGAUUUAUGUUUACACUGCUUGUGAUAUUUUAAUAGGUAUAUUGAAGUAUAGAAUAUGCAAUUGAUUCCUAUGGUUUGAUAACUUGUUUACACAAAUUUAAUGUGUAGUCAGUCAAUUUCUCAAAGAUUUUGUCAAGAUAAAAUAGCACAAGUGUUCUCAAACAGUGCUGAGCACUUUUAAAAGGCAGGUUAACAUGUAAUGCUAAAAUAUAAUGCUUUAUUGAAGUUGACAUUGUUUGCACAAAUAAAGCAAAUACCACUAACCAACUCUUUGCCUUGGAAUCAGAGCAGUACUUAGUGAUUUAUACAUAUAUUUAUUUUUUUGUGUAUAUAUAUCAACUAGCUUCACUUGCUGCAUGCUGCAAUAUGAAGUUAAAGGUGCUGUAAGCAAUUUUAGCCAUUCUGCAACUUCCACGAGACUGAGCUGUUGAAUUAGACACGUCCCUCAUUAUAAAACACUGCCCUCAAAAAAAUAGCAUUGAGACAAUCACCGGAGCAGCAGUGCAUCUUCUACCAGUUGUGAAACAAAACAGUAGCAAGUUAGUGCCAUAAGCUGACAGCUGUU